AUGAACCAGACCCCAAUAUUGCCGGAGCAGGGCGGUUUUAUAUUGACCGGGACAUUGACCUUUGUCGCCUCGUAUGCGGUUCUUUACCUCCGAAGACGCGGUCCGUCCCCUUCAGCGUCCACGAUCCACGAGGAGCAAUACGGGAAACACAGAACACUCAACCAUUCAGACAAAUUCUGGAUACGCGUCUUGACCGCUUUUGUGCUUCAGUUGAGUGACCAACAACUGGUGACCGGACUCUUGCUGCUCGUGUGCGGCUAUGCUCAGUACUGGCGGUCGUCCGUCCACCACGGCGCCAACAAUCUAUGGACAGUGACCGAUGUGGUUUGCUACUCCAGUUUCACACAUGCAGCGACGCUACUCUCCCUCCGUCCCUACUUCCAGCGUCAUCGGAAGCUUGCUACGCUCCGUGUAGUCAUCAUGUAUAUCAUUUACGGCUUGUGGCUGGUCGUUGCGGUGCGCAUUCUGUCGCCUAAUAAACCAAAGGAUUCCGAGAAAUUGUCUUCGUUGGCCAGCAAAUUCUGGCAUGCGGCAACUGUGAUUGAGGCCAUUAGCAUUAUGUGGAUAUAUCUGCUCACAUAUCUACCGGUCUUUCUUUCCGAGCAGGCAAUGGAGGUCAGAACCAUCGUCGGCCGUGUCUCGCCCUCGGCCCAGGACAUUGUCUUUAUCCGGGAAUGGUUGGCUCUGGUGAAGCCUCUGUCGCACAGCGGUGCUUCGGACUCUAUAUGGCAUCGGUAUAACCCGUAUGUCAUAGCAAAGCCGUGUCUGUUCAAAACUGCGGUAGCUUUCAGCGAAAGGUAUGUGGAGACGGAUUCCAAACUGACAAGGUGGAUACUAUCCUUGAUUGCGGAGGUUAUCUUUCCAUGGAGAAUGGCGGGUGUCUGGCUGGCACUGUUGUGGGCUUUCAGCUUAGGUGCUCUAAUCUACAGUCUACUCCAGAACGGCCUCACAUCAUCUUGGGAUUUUGGUCAAUUACUCCCCGUCUUCAUGACCCUGCUGCCGAUCGUCAGCUUGGUCACUUCUAUAAUUGGCGAUAGGAGCGCUUAG